AUGCGUUUUUCCAGCAUUGCUGUAGGCAUAGCCAGUGUCCUUGGACACCUGGCUACUGCUUCGCCUGCCAAAGAACUUGCAGAACGUUCCUCUGAAGCUGCGAAUUCCUACCUGGUCAAGGAGGGACUGUUCUCCUAUGAGAGCAUCCUCAAAGCCCUUGGGAACACUGGCAGCAAUGCUCCAGGCACAGCGGCUGGAUUACUCAUUGCGAGCCCUAAUACAGAGAAUCCAGACUAUUUCUUCUCAUGGACGCGUGACACGGCAUUAACUUUCAAAGGACUUGUUGAUAUCUUUGUUGAGGGCAACAAGUUCCUCGGUGUCAAUUUCGACACCCUUGAAAACCACAUUCAGGACUAUAUCUCUUCCCAGGCCGUCUUGCAGAACGUAUCCAACCCGUCUGGCAGGCUUUCUGAUGGGUCUGGCCUCGGCGAGCCCAAGUUUGAGGUUAAUUUCAACCCAUACUCCGGCGGAUGGGGCAGACCCCAGCGCGAUGGUCCUGCUCUUCGUGCCAUUGCCAUGUUGACCUACAUGCGCCAUCUGAUCCAGCAAGGAAAGCAAUCUGUUGCUUCCAACCUCAUCUGGCCCGUUGUUGCCAACGACCUCGCCUAUGUCGCUCAAUACUGGAAUCACACCGGGUUCGACCUUUGGGAAGAAAUUGACGGCUCUUCCUUCUUUACGACUGCCGUUCAGCACCGAGCUAUGGUUGAAGGCAGUGCGGUAGCUCAGGCUCUUGGGAAGGCGCACGGGGCGUACGACUCGGUCGCUCCACAGAUUCUCUGCUUCCUGCAGAGUUACUGGAACGGGAGCGUUAUUGUCUCGAACAUUAACGUCGAUAAUGGCCGCUCGGGCAUCGAUCUCAACUCGGUCCUCACCAGCAUUCAUACCUUUGAUCCUGCGGCUGGUUGCGAUGAUUCGACCUUCCAACCCUGCUCGUCUAGAGCUUUGGCAAACCAUAAGGUCUAUGUGGACGCUUUCCGCUCUAUCUACGGUAUCAACGCUGGUCUUGGCCCUGGAAAGGCUGCAAAUGUAGGCCGUUACCCCGAGGAUGUUUACCAGGGAGGGAACCCAUGGUACCUUGCAACCCUUGCAGCAGCGGAGCAGUUGUACGAUGCCCUCUACCAGUGGCAGAAACAAGGUUAUCUGACCGUCACACAAACCUCCCUCGCGUUCUUCCGGGACUUCUCGUCGACUGUCAAGCCAGGCACUUACAAGUCCAACGACCCCACUUACAAAUCUCUGACCGAGGACAUUCGCACCUACGCUGAUAACUUUGUCUUCCUUGUCGAGCAAUACACCCCAAGCAACGGCUCGUUGGCUGAGCAGUAUGACCGCAACAGCGGCGUUCCUCUCUCGGCCAAUGAUCUCACCUGGUCCUUUGCAGCCUUUCUCUCUGCGCUUCAGCGCCGCCUCUCCAUUAUGCCGGGCUCGUGGGGCUCGUCAUCUGCCAAUACUGUUCCUACUACCUGCAGCACAACUACCAUUACAGGCACCUACAGUGCUGUGGCGCCUCCAUUCCCUACCUCUACCGCUCAUUGCGUCACCGCUGUGACCGUUCCUGUUACCUUCUGGUUGAUCGAGAACACCUAUUGGGGCGAGAAUGUGUACAUGACCGGUAACGUCAGCGCUCUCGGCAACUGGAACACGAGCGCGGGCUAUAGUCUGAAUGCCGGUCUCUACACCUCCAGUGAGAAUAUUUGGUUUGCCACAGUCAAGGGACUUGCGCCGGGUAUUACCAUCGAGUACAAGUUCUACAAGACUGAGCCUGAUAACUCUGUGACUUGGGAGGGUGGAAGCAAUCGGGUGUACACGGUCCCUACGGGAUGUCCUGUAGCGCCUCAGGUCAAUGCUGUUUGGCAGUCUUAA